AUUGCCAGUAUUUCCUUCGAUCAACAUAAAUUUACUGAACCACAAUGCCCCUGUGAUCUCGGCUUUUGAUUACUAGUUUGGAUCCUCUCGAGAAACGAAAUUUUAUUCAAAAUUUGAAGUAUCUGCCACAGGAUGAGCAUGCGGAAAAUAUGUUGCAGCCUUACAGCAAAUUUUCCGUGGACAUCCAAGAUUGUUUCAUUUGGCCAAAAACAACCGUCUAGAUCCACAUGUCUAUCCCAGGAGCAUUGUCUUUGGCGUCAGAGAAACAAAGUGGAAAUCGAACAGUUGGCAAAACUGGUGGGAUUUCAGCCCAAUGAAAUCGAUAGCUUUCUGUUUAAUCUUAGCCUACGGCACUAUAGUGAUCUAUUGAAACCCAAGGACUGUGGAUGGAAUUACUGCAAUGUGCCCCUUUGUUAUCCGUAUGUCUGUGAUCGGUACAUGGCCAUAUUCGAUCAUCGUGGCAACUUACGAAGUCCCAUCCAUGAAAGGAGUCUUAAAAGUUUACUUCCUUUACUGCUGGAUUAUUUGAACGGUGAUUCGCCUAAUGAUCGGAAGGACUCGCCCAUUUACGAGGCGUAUCCUGACGAACAUCCGGCGAAAUGUCGUUCAAAUAUCGAGCAGAAUCAUUUAGAAAGUAUGGUAUCUUCAGAUUGGAUCUCUCAGGUCUUUGGCAGUCCAAGUGAAUCGAAAAGCGAAAAAACGGGGAAAAAGACUAAUAAACCUCAACCGGUAAUGAGAUCGGAAUUAGGAACUGAAUUAGAAUCAGAAUCUCAAACGGACAAAAAGAAGGGGAAAAAUAAGACAUUUGGUCGGCAGUCCGUGUUUCUCAAUGAUGAACUUGCUCUAGCUUAUGCCAAGUCCUAUGAUUAUGCGGAAUAUCUGAUGAAAACCUUGGGUCGACAUCGUUUUAGGGACAGCUAUAUAGGUCCCGUGGGAGAUUUAAGAACAACACGUACUCGCAUUCUAAUAAGGGACUUGAUCGCCAGGAAAGGAAUGAAUAUAAAUGAAAAAAAUUUAAGGAAAGCCUUAAAAAAGGUGGAUCUCGAGUGGAAAGGAACGACUCGAGCAGAUUAUAAACGUGAAAUGAAAACCGCCCAGGAGAUUUCCCGGCUUUACAAUGCCAUUGUUCAGACGCCGUCAGAGGAACCAAUUCCUUGGAAAAUUAUAGGUAAGGUCAGGGAGAACUAUCCCAAGGUUCCAAAAGCCUCCAAGUCGCCCAAAAAAUACUUUUCCGACCAAUACUCAAUGGUUUUCCAUGAACCUUUUGAUCGUAAAAAGAGCUGGACCUGGCAACGGCGACAAUCUAGACGAACUCGUCGAAUUUCCAAUUACAAAUUAUCAACUACAAGGAUCAAGCCCUAUAUAAACAAGCAACAAGUAGAGCCGGUCGAAGAUCAGUCUUCAAUUCAUUCGUCAUUGAGUAAUAGGGGAAGAUUGCAGAAACGAGAGUCUUAAGAUCCCUUGUUAGGUGGUUCCCAAAUGUAUUUCAAAUUAUAUUAAACUAAAUGGGCUUAUGGUAAAAUGAAUUUUUUUUUGUUUCGACCACUAAUUUUUCGUAGUAUCCCAGCAUGCUUUGAAAAUUACAGCACAGAAAUCAUUCAAAAUUUUAGCCUGGAACUGGCAGCCACAAAAUUUUUACUUUCGGAACGCCAAGACGGUCAGGCCAAAAUGAAUUCCUGCUGCUGUAGAUCGCAUAGCGAUCGCACGAACCCCAUGGCCUGUCUUCCUCAGCUUCCACGUCUGCAGCGGGUCCAAAGUUGUCGGCCAUUUUUGGAGGGACGAAAGGCAGCCAGCUGUUGUGUUUCGGGCGAGAGGCGAUGGGGUCAGAGAAACGGAUGUAUGAUCCAAGUGCUGGCGAAGAUGGUCAAUAAGUCGUCCAGUACGGUCUGCCAAUUUCUCCACCAAUUGACACUGCAGGUCUUUGCGAGGAUUCUAUAUCCUUUGAUGUUGGGCUGGAAUACGCUGAAGGUACCGUUUGUUAUACCCGACAUCUGUGAGCUAUACUACGGGAUAUUCGACGAAUGCGGUAACUUGAGGUGUUCCAUACCCACGAGAACGUUGCUCAUCCUGAUAUCCAUGAUCCAGUACUUUCUCAAUCUACCGAAGAGAUGUGGACAAAAUAACACGUGUCAGGGUUGCAGAAGUCAGGCAGAUGACUUGAGGAACAAUCACAGUCCCGGUUAUUGUGGCAAAAAUGCCAUGACGCCAUUCUCGGGACGGGAGAUUACGGAAAAGGGACCAUCGAAGGGAAGUGAUGUGUGGGCGGGACUUAAGCGAUUGGGAUACGAAAGACGUGGCGAUCUAGAUAGUUAUCCCUCGGAUGAGUCUAUACCAUAUGGCUAUGCACCCCAUCGAUGUCCUUGCCAGGGCGGGAAUCCCAGAACUCAGAGAUCCGGAAUUAUGAACCCGUA